GUUCUCCACUUUCAGGUAGAUCAACAGCCUCACCAUGUGCGGUAUCUGGGCCCUGUUUGGGAGCGAUGAAUGCCUUUCUGUCCAGUGUCUAAGUGCCAUGAAGAUAGCACACAGAGGUCCUGAUGCGUUUCGUUUUGAGAACGUCAAUGGAUUCACCAACUGUUGUUUUGGUUUCCACCGCCUCGCAGUUGUUGAUCAGUUAUAUGGCAUGCAGCCUAUCCGGGUGAAGAAAUUCCCAUAUCUGUGGCUGUGCUACAAUGGAGAAAUCUACAAUUUCAAACAGUUGCAGAAGCAGUUUGGAUUUGAAUAUCAAACAUUAGUGGAUGGAGAGGUUAUCCUUCAUCUUUACAACAGAGGAGGAAUAGAACAAACAGCAUCCAUGCUAGAUGGUGUAUUUGCUUUCAUCCUUCUGGACACUGCAAACAGAAAAGUGUUUCUGGCGAGAGAUACCUAUGGAGUCAGACCACUAUUUAAGGUGCUGACUGAUGAUGGAUUUUUGGGUGUCUGUUCUGAGGCAAAAGGACUUAUCAACUUAAAGCAUUCAACAUCCUUAUGUCCUAAAGUGGAACCGUUUCUCCCGGGUCAUUAUGAAGUGUUGGAUUUAAAGCCCUCUGGCAAGGUUGCAUCAGUGGAAUUAGUAAAAUUUCAUAGCUAUAAAGAUGAACCACUCCAUGCUGCGUGUGAUACAGUGGAAACUCUGCCUUCAGGCUUUGAUCUUGAAACAGUGAAAAGCAACAUCCGUAUUCUGUUUGAAAAUGCUGUUAGAAAACGUUUGAUGGCUCACAGAAGGAUUGGUUGUCUUUUGUCAGGGGGCUUAGAUUCCAGCUUGGUUGCAGCUGUUCUUCUGAAACUGAUGAAAGAAAUCAACAUCAAUUAUCCAUUACAAACCUUUGCAAUCGGAAUGGAAAACAGCCCCGACUUACUGGCUGCCAGGAAGGUGGCAGCACAUAUAGGCAGUGAACAUCAUGAAGUAAUAUUUAAUUCCGAAGAGGGAAUUCAGGCAAUAGAGGAGGUUAUCUUCUCCUUGGAAACCUAUGAUAUAACAACAGUAAGAGCUUCAAUUGGUAUGUAUCUUGUCUCCAAAUAUAUACGGAAGAAAACAGACAGUGUGGUCAUUUUUUCAGGAGAAGGAUCAGAUGAGCUGACACAAGGAUAUAUAUAUUUCCAUAAGGCGCCGUCUCCCGAAGAAGCUGCAGAAGAGAGCGAGAGGCUUCUGAAGGAGCUCUACCUGUUUGAUGUACUUCGUGCGGACAGAACUACUGCAGCACACGGUCUUGAACUGAGAGUUCCAUUUUUGGAUCAUCGGUUUACUUCUUAUUAUUUAUCUCUACCAGCGGAACUGCGAAUCCCAAAGAAUGGAAUUGAAAAAUACCUUUUAAGACAGUCCUUUGAAGAUUCCAACUUGCUUCCCAAGGAAAUACUCUGGAGACCCAAAGAAGCUUUCAGUGAUGGUAUAGCAUCAAUAAAGAAAUCCUGGUUUUCUAUUCUUCAGGACUAUAUUGAUCAACAGGUUGAUGACCUUCUACUGGAAAAGGCAGCGGAGAAAUACCCUUUCAAUCCUCCUAAAACGAAAGAAAGUUAUUACUACCGCCAGAUCUUUGAAAAACACUACUCAGGGCAAAGCAACUGGCUGCCCCACUACUGGAUGCCACGAUGGGUUAAAGCUACUGAUCCUUCUGCUCGCACGUUGAAACAUUACAAGUCGGCUACCCAAGAAUAGGCUGUUGAAAUAAUCCCCCAAGUAGAAGUGCUGCAAGCAAUUUGCAUGCACUCUGCUUUAAAAAAAACAAACAAAUUAUGCAAACCUAAAGCUUAAAUGGUCUUUAAGAUGCAUUUUGACGAUGCUAUUGGAGAUAAGAGUUUUCUGUGGUUAGUGUACUGUUAAAAAUUCACCCUGCUGUACCAAAACUUUGUAAUUCAUGGGAAAAUACUUCAUGGACAAGGAACUACCUUAUUUGGCAGCUCUGUUCCUUAUGUGGCCUCGAUUGUAUUAAUUUGCCUUGCAGCCAUUUAAUGUAUUUUAAUGUGAGCUCUGUUUUGAGGACUUGAAUAAGGCUAAGCGAUGCAAACUGCUGCAGGCCCUCUGAGCAAAGGGGAAUUUGACCCUAGCUAUUUAGUGAUUUGUGUUCCUGGCUGUGGGAUUUGGAUAGUCUGUCUAUAUUAUUCUAUUCUGAAUGUCUUUCUAAGCAUUCCUGAGAACCUUGGUCUGGUUUUCAAAAGGUAUUUAGAUAUUUGUGGCUAUGCAGAGAUGCUUACUAGAGUUUAUAAUAGUGGUGGUGCUGGGUGUUACUUAAUUAAAUGAAUGGGAAUCUUACUUGUUACUGUAAAGUCACCAGUUGGCUGGUUUGAAUCUUGUAAAUAUACCAGCAGUCUAAAGAGAUUGUGACUGUUAUCAAAGAGCAGAACAGACAAGAGAAGCCACAUUAUGUCUUUGUUUCUAACUCAAGGGCUUCAAUUUCUAAAUGUAUUUAUUAUUCUUGAAAAUAGAGUGUUAACCGGGUGAUUUGUAUCAGUCUGAUGGAAGUUGCAUGACUAAGUAUUUUAAGAAAUUUUUCACUUACUGUGAGAGUCUUUCCACCUGUAUGAUGAAAAGGUAGACCGUGUUGCUGCUCAACUGCAUGUGUCCAACUGUAUGGUGAACCAACUCUGUUAACCAUAGAUUUCAGUCAGACAAAGCAUCAUUGAAGACAAUGGGAUCAGACACCUUGCUUGGAAAAAUGGAAAAAAAGCUUAUUCAGAAACCACAAGAACUUCUAAUACCCUACUGAAAAACACAUGACUUUUUACCCAGAGCAACUUUUUAUUAACUACUUAGGCAUGAGGGCUGCUUUUUUAAAGGUAACUUAAACAUAAGUGUGGUCAAAAAAUAUACAUGUGUGCUGCAGAUUGACUUGAUUAGCGUCAUGCUCUUUAUGAAGACAGAAGUCUAGUUUAUUGUCCCUCUUGACUAGGAAACCAAAGCCAAUUGUUAUUUAAAAGACAAAAUAUAAGCAAUUCUAGUUUAAAAUCUUCAUAAAAUGACUGAUUGUCUGUUUAUUACUCCCCCCUAACCCUGCG